AUGGAUUCAAUAAUUAGUGAUAAAUCCAAUGCAGACAGUGAUCUUUAUAUACCACCAACUGAUUCAUUUUGGGAAAUUGGGAAGUAUAGUCGAGUUGUAAAACGAUGUGACGAUGGAAAUAAAUUAACAACUGAUCUUAUUAGUAUGAUUGGUGAACGUGCUGAACUUGAAAAAUCAUUUUCAAAAAUGCUUAAAAGUUGGUCCAAAAAAUGGUCUGAAUAUGUAGCAAAAUCAUCUGAAUUUGGUUCAAUGACAGCAGCUUGGAAAGCAAUCAUGGCUGAAGCUGAUGCAACAGCUGAAGUUCAUCAAAAUGUUCAUGAUGAUUUACAAAAUGAUGUUAUACCAUCAGUAAAAUCAUGGCAAAAAGGAAAAUAUGUUAAAUCAAUGAUGCAUGUCAAAUCAACAAAAGAAUUCGAUGAAGAGUUUAAACGAGCUCAAAAACCAUGGGCUAAAUUAUAUGGUAAAGUUGAUAAAUAUAAGCGUGAAUAUCAUGUUGCCACAAAAAGUCUGAAAACGGCUGAAACACAAGAAAAUAAUUCUAAACUUGAUUCUUCAGUUCCACAAGACCAACGUGCUAAAAUUACUGAAAGAGUUGAUCGAUGUCGUAAAGAAAAAGAAGCUGCUAGAACUAAAUAUGCUGAAGCACUUCAAGAUCUUAAUCGAGCUAAUCCUAAAUAUAUGGAUGAUAUGAACGAUGUUUUUAUCCGGUGUCAAACAUUUGAAAGAGAUCGUCUUGUUAAAUUUCAAGAAUUUUUAGCCAAUACUGAAAAAUGUCUUGAUAUUAGUCAUCGAUUAAAAGCACCAAUAGUUCAACAAUUUUCUCAAACAAUUGAAAAUUGUGAUCCAGAUAAAGAUUUAUCAUGGUGGUCGGAUACAUAUGGUGCAACAAUGAAAAUGAAUUGGCCAGUAUUCGAGGAAUAUUCAGAGUCGCAUCGUACACUUUCUCGUCGUGGUAAAGGUGAUAUUGAACGAGAAAAUUCAGUGAUUGUUACUGCUAUCCGUUCAAAUAAUAAUGGACCACCAAGUUUUGCUUCAUCUUCUGAUAAUCGUUUAUUAAAUCACUCCGUAAAUCAAUCACCAGCGCAGAAGGCACGUUCACCUGUUUAUCCCACUUUGGAUACGACUACUACAAGCAAUUCGAAUCCUUUCGAUGAUGACGAAGAUGAUAAUGAUACAUCAAUAAAAGAAAAGUCGACGAAUAAGCGUUCAAAUUCUGGUGGAACAACAAAUAAUGGUGCUUAUCCAUCUUUAUCAACAAAUGAUAAUAAAUCACCAUUAUAUCCAGCAGCAUCUAAUCCAUUUUUAGAUGAUGAUGAUGUUGAUUCACCACCAUCAUCUCAUCAACGUUCAUAUCAAUCACCAACAUCAACAGGAGUUUCAUCCAAUGAUAAUAGUGUCACUAUACGUGUACGAGCUCUUUAUGAUUAUGAAGCACAAGAACCAGAUGAAUUAUCAUUUAAACAAGGUGAUAUAUUUACUAAAUUAGAAGAUGAAGAUGAUCAAGGUUGGUGUAAAGGACGUGUUGGAAGUCGUGUUGGUCUUUAUCCAGCUACUUAUGUUGAAGUCCUCUAA